CCAUUCACUGAUUUCAAAGGUAAAUGCUGGUUGGUUUGAUUGGUUUCUUCAAUAAGAAUUAAAAAAAUACAAAAUUCUAUCAAAAAUUAUAUUUAUUGGAGAUAAAUAGGGACUGGUAAUUCGGCUUCGCGUUCUUCCGCCAUGGCCGCUGAAUACUCCUGCGUUGCGUACAUUCAUGACCUCCUCUGUUCGGCUAAUCCGGUCAGCUUCGGCUUUUCCGGCUGGAGGAUGACGUGGAAUACACCUAUAAGCUCUAUGGGUCGAUCUGAAACAAAAGCAAUGUAUUAUGACGAGAACCAGCACAACAAAAUGAUAUCUAAGAAAACACUUACCAUUCUAUUCCAAUUUGCACAUAUUAUGCACAAAGCAAAACUUGUUCCUGAAUGACAAAACAGCUUAACCUCAAUAAACGGGUUCGGCGAAUAGUCACUUUUUUUUCGAGAAGAAUUUUACCGUUUUGUUUAGCUCAAUCCAGGUCAACUUCACCUCGCUACGAAGUAAGUUUUACCUUAUUUGGUUUUACCUUUUUUUUCUAGGUGAAUUAUACUUUUUUAUUCAGCUCAAUUCAGGUGAACUUCAUCUCGCUACGAGGUAAGAUUUACCUUUUUUGAAUUCACCUUUUUCCUCGGUGAAUUGUACCUUUUUUCCAACCUCGAUUCAGGUAAAUUUCACCUCGCUGUGAGGUGAGUUUCACCUCGAAGAGGUAGAAGCUACCUUUUUGGCUUUCACGAACGUUUACCUUGGCUAUCUCGGUAAAUUUUACCUUUUUAUUAUUUUCCGUGAACGAUGGCCAGGUAAUAUAAAAAUCCCCUUAUCUAUUAUCUACUUAUUUUGCUUGGUUUGCUUGGUUUGAAUUUUGAAUAGGGCGAAUGCGCCAAAUGUAAACAAAUGGAGUUAUCAGCUGGGUGUUAAAAUACGUUCGGAGACCUACAUUUUGAGUGUACAACGUUAACCGAAGACUAUUUCGUCUUCGAGAAAUUAUGAAAACAAAAUAAAAUUUUUGCUGGGAGCUUACGGAGCUGUCAUACUUCGAACACGUUUAUCUAGAAACAGUGAUAUUGGCGCAUUCGCCGUAUUCAAAAUUCGAUACCGAUAUAUUCUGGAAAUAACUAUAUAGGUUAUAUAGGUGCAUUUUGUAAAUCGACCCAAAAACAACUACUCUGUGCAAAAUUUUAGAAAAUCAGGAAUAUAUUAUUUUUAACAUUGAUGCCAAAUGAAUGAAAACUGCAUAAAAAAAAAUCUGGUGUGAUUUCGAUUUUUUUUUUUUUUGGACAGAAAUUGACUUUCUAUGUGUAAUCUAGUCGUUCUACGGAAAACCGGCGGUUGUCUGGACCAAUUAAAAAAAUGUAGGUAUGCUCGGUUUUCGAAACUUGAUCAUGAAUUUUAUUUUCAUUUAUCCAUUGCCACUUUAAUGUAUAUGCGUCGUUCUUGAUCCAUGUUCACGUGACCGUCAAUCAGUCUGGUAAAUGAUCUGGAAAAGUGUCAGAGUUAGCGAUUCAUGGGUUUACUUUCAUCUGAUUAUCGCAUUGUUUAAUUUUAAAUUUAAAUAUCCAACAACAAAACAUAAGUGAUUAUCUAGAAUAGCGGACAAGAUGAUUUCAAGUCUUUCACAAAGAAAAUUAAAAGCGAAAGACGUUUCAGAGAUAAUUGUUCGAAAGACAUAAAUUAAAACUGCCAAAUGGCAAUAAGUUUCUUCAAAAAGCUUUUAAUUCAGACAAUUUUUGAACAGGAUCUUUAAACAAUUCUUACUAGAGUUGUUUUGUGAUUCAUGCAUUCGCAAAAGAUAAUAACGAAAUUAUCUUCGGAAAAAUUCUUCCUUUUUUCAACUUUUCCUCUAUCGGCCGAAAAUUUCAACUGCCUCACAUGUCUCAUAAAUUUUACUGGUUGUUUUUAUCUGUUCAAAACUCUAAAAAUUCAUUUUCUUUUCCCGUUUCUUCCAACAGAGUCUGUUCUACGAAAUCCUGUCGGGGAUUUGGGUGCGCAACGGGCUGCAAAUCAAGGGCCAGGCGAUGACCUACCUGCAGGCCAACUUCUGCAACUCGAUGGUCGACAUGGAUCUGUUCUUCCUGCAGAUCUGCGCCACCCAGCUACCGGCCAAUGCCUUCAUCAGCGAUUGUAUUGCGAUUUUCGGCGUUUCGGAGUGGUUGGGGAUGGGGGUGUUGAGUGCUCCUCAGGAGAUGGAGCAGGAUUCGAUGCUGGAGGGGUUGUUAACGUUUUUGGCGACGCUGAUCACAUCGAGGGUGAAUCUGGGCAAUGAUGAGACGACGCAGUGUAUCAUUGAGAUUGGGGCGCUGUUGGCGACGGGGGACAAGACCCACAGUCAGUUGCUAGAACUGAUGCCGGAGCGAAGUUUGAAUGCACAUACGAGAAAUUUCGAGAAGUUUUUGAAGGAGCUGUCGGUGUACAGGUCACCUCCAGUGGGGUCCGAGAACUUGGAACAGGGACUGUUUAUGCCGCUGGGGGAGGUGUGGGAGAAGUAUUACGAUCCGUUGCAUGUGCUGCUGAGGGCGGUUCAUCGACGGGAUUUCCAGAACUCGAUGGAUCGGUUUAGCGGGUAUGUGAAGAGUGUGAGUAAAAUGCCGAAAAGUGGUAGCUUGUGGCCGCCGUUCCGUUUGCCCAGUUCGUGUGGAAAGUUUUACAGCGAUCCGAAGAGUAUUUUGACGUCCAGGGUUUUGCAUGCCAUGCUGUUGGCGAUAUUUUAUCGAGCUGUUCAUACGCAUAGCGCAUCAGAGCAUAUGCUGGCGUUGGCGGUGUUUUUGCUGGAGAUGGCUGUGAGUAAUUGUGAGACAAAUAGGGACAGUGGGACGGAGCUGGAAUCAGGCAGUGGGCGGCGGACUUCUCUGGAAAGCAGGGAAUCGAUCCCGGAGCUGUUGAACUGCUAUCCUAGCAAUUGUCUAGUAGAUAACUUGAAGAUGACUAUUAGUAAGAUUUCGUUGCUGCCGGGAGAGCCGCAGGUUAGUCCGGCAGCCUAUCAUCAGGGACAAGAUCCGGAAACUCCGACGUUCGACAGUGACGUUGAAUGGGAACUUUCCGAGAGUGAAACGCUGCCAAUGUUGGUGGGCAGUGUGCACAAUGAGUACGGGCAACAUUUGGGCAACAGUGGAAACGAGGUUGCGAUUCCACAGGAUUUGUCAGUUGUGAGGGGGAAUUCUCUUGCAAGACGGGUAGAUGAUGACGAUGACGAAGACAUGGCGGAGGAUGGCAUUCAGUCACUUCCGCCUAUUACUCAACGACAGGCACUGACGUUGCCGGAGUAUCAUAACAAUAACAAUAAUAACGAGAGCAGCGGUGACAUAGCGAUGAGUGGAAGCCACAGAUCACUUUCACUACCAGGGCCACCUUCCCCCGGAUCGGGGACGGUAACGAUUCCUCGGGUAACUAGUGAAAUUUACAACGAAAGUAGUAUGGAGUUAGUAAUUAGGCAUGAUUUCUCGAUGGGUCCGACCGGAAACCAUCUGCAUAAUCACCAGAAUUCAAUGGCUGUGAGUGAAACGAGCAGAACCAUUACCCCCGAUACGACGAUGUUUUCCUCGCCGGUGCCAGCCAGUGCUGGCCUAAUGCUUCCGUUCAAUCGUGUUCAACCGGUUACAGUUCCUACCCGUCCUUCGUUGCCUGCUCCGGUCAAUUCUACGACGACUGUGGCCAAUAUGGCACCGAAUGCUGCAGCCACUCUUUCCGGCGGAGGCUCGUUGGCCGGCGCACAGUUGAUGCAUCAGAUUCCAAUGGCUCACGGAGGCAGCGGAUCUGGUGGCAGUGGUGCAGGAGCAGGUGCUGCGAGUCGCCAGAGACACAAACGGCGGAACAUCGAAGGACCGGAGGGUGCGAAUCAUAGCCAUGAACCCCACACGGUGGUCAUCGAGGAGAGCAUAUUGUCGCUGCUGUUGAAACUUCACUCGCAGCUUAGCGGUGCUCUGGAUAGUUUUUCUCUGGAGGAUGACACUAGCGAUGAGGAGGAGGAGGAUGAGGGAAUGGAUCAGGAUGGAGAUUGUUCUACUAGUCAGCAGCAGCAGCGUAUCAAGGUGUCCGAAUCGCGAAUCGGUGAUGGGCCAUACUUUAUUGGGAACCUGUUGAGAAGGAUAGCUCGCUUGGAUGGGACUUGUGCGCGGAGGAUUAACGAAAUUCGACACACCCUGUGGCCAAACCAAAGAGAACGUCAAGCGGAACAAAAAGCGCGUGAGGCUAAGGAACGGGAGGAGCGAAGCAAGCGGGCCAAGGAGCGGCAGAAAAAACUGAUGGAAGAGUUUGCUAGUCGACAGAAGGCAUUUAUGGAGCAGGCCGCAGCUUCCAAUAUGGACUGUUUUGAAGGCGAUGAAGAUGAGGAGGAAGAGAUGAUCGAAAUGGCUCGCGAAAAAGAGUACGACUGUAUCAUUUGUAAUACAACUGGUCCCAGUACGGAGUCCAAUCCGAUGGGACUGGUCGUUUUGGUCGAGUCCAGUAGCAUUGUGGGGCAUAGACGGAAGGAAGCCGAUAGGUGUCCAUUGCCGCUGAACGACGAGGACAAAUCUCGAUUGGAGAAGAAUAUCAAAAUGGCUACGGAGUUCAACAAGCGAGUCGAACAGCUGCAGUGGAAGUUUGGGACUUCCUCCUGGUUCCUAUCCCAUAACAUUGGCUGGGAAGGUGGUGUCCACGUGCAAUCGUGUGGGCAUCAUGUACAUCUAACGUGUCAGGAUUCCUAUCUCAAAUCGUUGCAUACAUCAACUCGACCUCAAAACCUCAACGUGGAACGAGGCGAAUUCUUCUGUCCGGUGUGUAGGCAGUUGGCCAAUUCCGUGCUUCCACUGAGUCCUGCAUUGGAUCGGCCAACGCCACUGAUCCGUGCUCCCCCGCCACCAUACGCAUCU